CUUCGUGACCAUGUGCUUCGGCAGCUUCAUAUAUCACAUCCUGGUGUUGGGAGAAUGAAGGCGAUCGCUCGCAGUUAUGUUUACUGGCCCAACAUCGAUGACCAUAUCGAAGACCUCGUUCGCAAGUGUAGUAAAUGUGCUCAAGCAUCAAAGUGUCCACGCAAGACAGAACUAUGUUCCUGGCCACGACCGGACAAACCAUGGUCCCGUGUUCAUGUUGACUUCGCUGGAACGUUCAAUAGUAUGCAUUUCUUAAUAUGUGUCGACGCGUUUUCCAAAUGGCCAGAGAUAUUUCCUAUGCAUUCUGCCACAUCAAUUGCAACAGUGUCCCACCUACGUCAACUAUUACUGAACGUUUCGUCGACACCUUUAAGCGUGCUUAUGCAAAAGCGAAGGGGGAGGGAACAACAGAAAAAAAUUUUGGAUAAAUUCUUGCUGCAUUAUCGUACGAAUGAAAAAGGACAGUUAUGUGUCAGACACACAGAUCACGCUCUAUCCAGUACCACGCAAAAGUCAACUCGACAAAGAAGAGCUCCAAAACCUUUUCAAAUAGAUCCAAAAAGCAAGUCCUACACUCUUUACGGGGGGAGGUGAUAGGAUCCCACACAUUUUGUUACUGACUGUCAAUGUCGCACAUAUGGCAUAUUAUCAUUUCUCACACACUUUGUUAUUGGCUAUUAAGGUCAAUUAUUUCAAAUGCUGUUAGCUGUCCAUAUUGUUGUAAAAUGUAUAAAUACCAUGGCUUUCUUUAUCGUUGUUGCACCUCAAUACACAGUCACAGUCCAGCCUUUGUCUUUUGAUAUUUGCGUGCUUUACUAAGUCGGAAGGUACGACGAGCAGAUAGACAGAUUAGUUCAGGCGCAGACAGAAUAAGGUGAAAACGUCUUCAUUCAAUUCCCUACAGAUAUAACAAAUUGGCGACGGGGAUUUACUUUAAUUCAUCGCAGUUAUAGCACGCAACGACGACAGUUUUUAUUCUGUUCAGCGCAACUAUAUAACAUUUUUGACUGUGUUAAUUACAACCCAAUUAUAAUGUCUAUCUCUCUGGACGAUCUUCCGGUGACUGCAGUUGAGGUUGCCAGACACACACUGCGUGAUCCAGUUUUACAGCAAGUAUCAAAGUUCAUCCGAUUUGGCUGGCCUCCACAUGUUCAUUCAAAUGUU